UCAGCCUCCGGAGGAUGCGGCGCGCCUAGGAUGCUUCUGAGCCUGGUUGUGCCGCUGACGGCGCUCCUCGGCCUGCGGCUCGGCGCCGGUGCGCACGCCAUCGUCUUCACCCCUGGGGAAUGGAAUUUGCUAGGUCUGCUACUGACACUCUUCUCCCCUGGGACAGACCUGCCUAGCCCUCCAUCUGUGUGGUUUGAAGCAGAAUUUUUCCACCAUGUCCUCCACUGGACUCCCAUCCCAAACUCAUCUGAAAGCACCUACUAUGAAGUGGAGCUCCUGAGGUAUGGAACAGGCCCAUGGCAGACCAUCCACAACUGCAGCCAGCCCGGGAUGCUGUCCUGUGAUCUCACCAUGGUGACCCUGGACCUGUACCACAGCAAUGGGUACAAAGCCAAAGUCCGGGCAGUGGAUGGAGGCCAGCACUCCAACUGGACCAUCACCAACACUCGCUUCUCUAAGGAUGAAGUGACUCUGACAGUUGGCAGUGUGAAGCUGAAGAGGCACAAUGGCUCCAUCUUCGGGACAAUCCACCCCCCCAGGCCCAAGAUCGCCCCUGCGGGUGACACAUACGAAAGCAUCUUCCCGUACUUCCGCGAGUACGAGAUUGAGGUGCGCAAGGCCCCAGGAGACUAUAAGUUCCCACACAAGAAGGUACAACAGGAAAACUUCAUCAUCCCAAUUGCUGGAGAGAUUGGAAAGUUCUGUGUCAAGGUGAAACCAUCUGUCGGCUCCCUAACAAACAAAGGGGCGUGGUCCAUGGAGGAGUGCAUCGUCCUCACCCUGCAGUACUUCACCGCGACCAACCUCAGCAUCUUCUUCGUCUUCGUGCUGCUGCUCUGUGGGGCGCUGUCCUACUGCCUGGCCCUGCAGCUCUAUGUGCGGCGCCCCGGGAAGAUGCCCACCGUCCUGGUCUUCAAUAAGCCCAGUCCCUUCAUCGCGAUCAGCCAACUUCCUUGGCCAGAGACCCACGUCACCAUCCACCCCCUGGACGAGGAGGCCUUCCCCAAGGUGUCCCCAGAGCUGAGGAACUCGGAACUUCAUGGCAGCACAGACAGCGGCUUUGACAGUGCUAAGCCAUCCCUGCAGACCGAAGAACCCCACUUCCUCCUUUCUGCCUCUGACCCCCAGGCCAAGGAGAUGACGAGAAAGGGGGCACCCCUGGAGCUGGAGAGCAGCUGCAGCAGCGGCAGCAGCACCAGCACAGACAGUGGGAUCUGCUUGCAGGAGCACAGCCUAUGUCCCAGCAUGGCACCCCACUGGGAGCCACAGCCGGGGAGCAACAGCCCAGGUGAGGACGACAGUGGUAUUAGCCUAGUCCAGAAAUCUGAGGGGCAGCCUGGGGAUACACUGAGUAGCUCCGUCUUGGCCCAUGUUGGGCCCCCAAUGCCUGAGGUUCCUGGGGAAGAAGACUCGUCCACACUGGCAUUCCAGGGCUACCUGAAACAGUCCAGAUACACAGAGGAGAAGGAAGCCAAGGCAGACUGCCUGGAGGAAGAAUCCUCCCCAACAGAUAGCCUUGACCCCAAAUUCUGGACAUGCCUGGAUGCAGAGACGGGCUGGUCUCCACCAGCCAUGGCCAACGGCUAUUUGAAACAGGGUACCCCAGGAAUGACUCUCGCGCCUUCAGGGGCCCCAACUGAACAGUGGAGCCACCCAAGUGAGGAAUGGUCACUUCUGGGCUUAACCAGCUGUGGUGACCUAGGAACUUCUGACUGGAGGUUUGAUCAUGUUCUUGCCCCUCUGGGCUGUGUGGUAGCCCCAGGUGGACUCCUGGGUAGCUUUGACUCAGACCUGGUCACCCAGCCACUGAUCUCCAGCCUGCAUUCAAACAAGUGACUCAGGCUUAGGGGCUGCUUUGAUUUCAGCUAUGCCCCACCUGCAUCAGGAGGACAUCUCAGAGGUGAAAGGUAAAACAUGAGGUCAGUCUGGGCACUUAGCAUUGUGAGCCCCUGAAGGCAGCCAGGUUCAGGAGCCUGGCCGUGGUCCCCAUGGCAGGAGGAAGCUGUUUGGCUAAAUCGGCUCAGGGAGUGUGUACACCAGCCUUGCCUGGUGAGCAUAGUGCCCUGCAGGCCUGGGAAGAGAAGGGCAAGGGGGACUCCCUCCUCCUCGAGACUCUUCCUGUGUCAGAGCGGAUUCUUUGCUGAGGGGAGUCAUGGAGUUUGAAUUGUGCUGAGGCUUCCAGGCUGAAGCCAGCACAGACAUAGGCCUCCCUGCGUUCAGUCAUGUGGCAGGUCCCGCAAGAGGAUGGAGACUGGGAGGAUGAAGGCUUCCGGGCUUCGCUGCAGGAGUCAUUUUUAGGGGGAAAAGGGAAACAGCAGAGCCCAAAUCUGACAUGGGCUUGUCCCAUUCCAGAAGCUCCCCACUGUCAGGCCUCCAAGGUUGUAUCUGCCCUGGCCAGUCAGUCAGUCAACUGACCAUUAUUGCGGAACAUCAGGAAGAAGGGAGCUGACACCGAGAAGGGGCUCUGGCUCAGAACCUGUUCUCUGGGGACGUCUCAUGCCCACUGCAGGCAGCUCACUACUCCUAGCAAGUGGCUCUGAGGCAUUUGAAGUGGCUGGGCCAUUCACCAUCCCCACCCAGCUGCCCCCAUCAUCUUGCUGACGGUUCCACAAAAACCGUGGUGGUUUGUAUUGGUCUAAUCGCAGUCUUUAGGUGGCCUCUGGGUUCAGAUGCCAGAUGCCCUAGUCAGCCUCAAGCAUCAUGUUGGGACCUGACCUCAUGUUGCUGCUAAUGUCCAGCUCCAGAUCCACAGGCUAGGAACCUGGGCUGGGAUCCCUGCUGUCAGUGUUCAGCUGUGUGACCUUGGCUUAGCCACUUUCCAGAGGGCCUUGGCUACCCAGGCUGUGAAAGAAGGACUCAAUCUCUAAUCCUCUGUGCUGGAUGUUAACCUGGUUGGUCUCUGGGGUGACAUUUCCAGCCCUGUCUGACCCUGGGCUGGGAGGAGGUGGGCUGUCUACACAGCCAGCUUGGCUCACGCACUGAGUGCUCCCAGAUCCAGCAGAAGUCGUGGUUUCUUACCUAGAGAGCAGCCAGACUCUGGGGGCCAGAUAGGGCAGAUGGGAAUCUGCUGCCCCAAAGCCGGCUUAUAGCCUUUAAGCAAGAGGCUGGUAGUGGUGACAAGCCUGGGCUAUGCCCCUGAGCCAUCACUGGCCUUUCUGUGGUGCAUUCUGGAAAUAGACAUUCCAGCCCAGGGAAUCAGCCAGGACCUGCCUACUCUUUCCAGAGAGUUCUUGGAUCCCAGUGUGAUAACUCAUUCUGGAAACAGGCUCGAGGGAGGAUUCCUCAGGGUACCCUUGAAAUGCUUGUUAUUUAUUUUAAUCAUUUAUUUAUUGAAAGAGCAGCAGAGUACAGUGAAAGUGCUCUGGGCAUGUGAAGAGCCUGGGAGUUCUAGUUCUGACUCCACUUUUCUGGUAUUUGUGGCCAUGGGAAAAUCCUGUAAAACUAGAAAAACAAUUCCUGACUUAUUUCAUUCAUUGGGCUGUGCAGCUCCACUGAGCUGGAGGAUAAGACUGUGCCUUGAACACAAAACUCUGUGAGUGAUGCGUUUUCUGAAUUUCAAUAAAUUAUCAGG